UUUCAGUCUUUUCAAGGGAGCCAAGGUCGUGCUUACCUGUUCAACUCAGUAGUUAAUGUGGGCUGUGGACCAGCUGAGGAGCGGGUUUUACUUACUGGCCUGCAUGCAGUGGCCGACAUUUACUGUGAAAACUGCAAAACCACACUGGGCUGGAAAUACGAACACGCCUUUGAGAGCAGUCAAAAGUACAAAGAAGGGAAGUACAUUAUAGAACUUGCUCAUAUGAUUAAGGACAAUGGCUGGGAGUGAACACAAAGUCCUGCUGGAGCUGAUCACUGGGCUGUUGAUCCUGGAAAAAGAGGAGUAACUGAAGGCUUUGGUUGUACGUGUUGUGGGGGGAGCCGAGCUGCCAGAGGCUCCACCUCCCAGCCAUCUGCCUCUGCAUUUCUCUUUAUUGUCUUUUAUCCUCGAUUAUCUUUUUGUUUCACCUCCUGCAAUCAGACAUCUCCUGGCUCCCGCUCUCCACCGUUGUCGUUGCGGCUGAACAACUGCACCAAAGCUCGGGGAUAUUUGUUUGCUUUUUUUCUGAAAUUUCCCUUCCUUAGGUUAACCUGAAAAGCUGUUCUAGUGACGUGAAUUCUGUUGGAGAGUAGCGUUGUUCAGGAUGAUGGGGAGGUGAAGGAGGGCAACUCUUUGUGUUUUAGAGUAAAUGCAGGCGGAGAGCUCAAAGUGAAGGCCGUGACACUUGACGGUAGGUGUUGCUUCGAUGUGUCACAGUGCCUCAUCUGUUUGGCUGGUCAAGAGGUGAAACUGUCCCCAAAAAAAAGAUACUUGGAACCCAGUUGGUCUUUUGGCUGAUGGGAGGUUAAAGACACUUCCCUCCACAAGCAGGCAGGGCCUGUAGGAGAUGCAUGUUCCCUUCCCAGAUGAAGGAAAUCGGCCUCUUACCAGCUUGCUGCUGUGAGUUGGCAUUUAGCCCUACCCUGGCAUCUGGCAUAACCCAUACUGGUGGUCAUGUGUUCAAUUUGGAUGCAGUCUUGCACUGGGAGCAGGUGGGCCUCCUCCUGCCCCCCUCCAUCCCAGUUUCCUUGAUGGCUCCCAGUUGCCUCAUGGUCAUGUUAUUUUUAAAAGGAAAUUAAAAAUCACCUGUCCCUUUUAAUAUCACUCCAAUGGAAUGCCCCAAUCCAACUAAAAUGCUGAUAAAAUAUGCUUCCAGGGAGCCUAUAUGAAAGGGUGUCUUUCCAACAAUCUAGGUUGAAAAUUAUUGGUUUUUCCAGGAGGCCCCAUCCCCUGCAGUGCCACCGGUCAGACAAAGUAAUCCCUGGAAUUGCAGGCUCUUGUCAGCUAAGUCCAUUUCAACAGGUUCCUUUCAAACAAUGAUGAUGCACGAUGCCUGGAAAUGAGUCAGUUUUGAGAGGGAGUGAUGGAUCAGCUGAUUGUAGCUCAGCAUUAACUUUCAUGGGAGUGUUGCCAGCACACAGACUGCACAUAAGAGACAGGCAAAGAGACAGUGAGUGAUGAAAGGCAGAACCGGUGUCCCUUUGAUAACCUGCCAGGGUACAAUAGGAAAGGGCACUCAAGCUUCUACUACAGACCAGGUAGAAUGAACAGUAUCAUUGAGUCUGAGAGGUAAGAUGAGGACAAAGCCUCACACGGAUGGAUGGUGGGAUUGGGGACUGGACGGGUGAGGGUUACCUAAAUCUGCAGAGUUCAGCUCCCCAGUAGAAAUGCUCAAAUUUCAUUUCUAAAGCUGUCAGCAAAGGAGAAGCAGACAUUGCCUAGUUGCCAGGUUGGUCAUGUGAAUGACAAAUGAUGACACUGGUCCCUCUUACUCAUUCAGACACAGUUAUAAUCUCUAGGGACACCAGGAUGGGAGGGUGUUUCAUCAGUAAGAGGGAAAUACUGUGAAAAUGUCAGAGACUGUUGUUUACCAAUCUAAAGUUGAACAUAGCUCUGGUUAGACCCCAUUUAGAAAAAGGGACUCAUUUCUGGACACUGCAUCUUCAGAAAGAAUGUAUUUAGAGUCAUACAGCAUGGAAGCAGACCCUUCAGUCCAACUCAUCCAUGCUGACCAGGUUUCAUAAACUGAACUAGUCCCGAUUGCCUGCAUUUUAUUUUGGAGGAGGUGCAGCAGAGAUUCAUUAAUAAGACCUGGGGACUGAAAGAGUUAGAUUAUAAGGGACAAUUAACUCAGACUUGACUAUCCUUUUGUAUGCAUGUGAUCAAGUUUAAAUAUUAAGUUAAUUGAAGGAUAGAUAGAUAGACUAUAUUCUCUGGUGAGGGAAGUUUUAAACAAGGGGCAACACCUUAAAAACUUGGAGCAAGACCAUUCAGGAAAGGAGUGCUGAUGUGAAGGAUUUCAAGGAGUCUUGGAAUUCUGGAACUCUGCACCAAAAUGCUAUGAGGAUUGAUUGAAAAUUUUAGACUGACCUUUAUAGAGUUUCUUCCCUCAGGCGACAGUGUUCAGGGAUGUUGGAUCAGGACAGGGAGAUAGUUAACAAAUCGGCUGUGACCUAAGUGAACAAUGAAAUGAGCUCAAUGGUUGAAUGGCCUCCUUCUGUUCCUGUUUACCUACUUGACAUAUUAGUAACCAGACGUGACAUGUUUCUGUUGCCCUCAGGCUGGGGCAGGAUGGAGCUCUGAACCUUGUAAUGAAACGUUUUAUUUUGAUUCAGUAAAGAUGGGUAAUUAUUUGGGAAUAAUCUUCAGGCAGCUCAGCAGGUUGCCUCCGAAUUUAAAUUAAACCCCAUUCCCCCCAGCCCCUAUUCCUGGGGUAAGUGUAUUUGCAUCCUGCUGGCUGUUACAAAGAGCCCACAUACCGGAUUUGUCAUCAAGUCACACUUGUUGGCUUUCUUCACUUUACCAUUUUUGCAGUGACAGAGAGACUGCAGCAACUCUGUACAACCUACAUCCAGAGUGUAACCAAAAUGCAAGGCUGGGUAUUGCUGCUAAAAUCCUUGGUACCAGUAAGUAGACCUCUGGGCUUUUGUGAGUCAACAGUGCAGCCAGUCAAACAAAUAUGUCCAAAUAUCGACCAAAGCACCUCUCCACUUGCACAGUCACAUGAGCCAGGUAGCAAGUCCAGCCGUAGUUAUCAGCCAUGAACUGUCAAUGGACUGUCUUUUACUUGGUGCAGAGAUCUCCCUUUUAUGUGUCAGUCAUGUCCAUAAUCUGAAGCCUUCAGCAAGCGAAAUCAAUGUUUGGAGUUUGGCUUUUUUUAAAAAAAGCUCCAUCCAAACACAUCAACUUUGAAAGGACAACCCCUGCCACCUGGUCAUUUUGUGGGACUUCCUCAAUUCUUGCUGGUAGUCAGAUUGUGAACACUUCAUGUGGAUUCCACAAAUAUCCCAGCAGUAACUUUAUUGCCCAACGCUCACAGGGCAUCAUCAGUAUUGUUGUCCAGAAAUGACGUUUGGUCCCCGCUUGAGCCAGGGCCUGCAGUGAAUAAGAUUCUGGAACACAAAGACCAAACGCACGGUGUGGCUGACAACACAGUCGGUUUAGAUGCUUGCAGGGAGAGAGUAAAAACAGAACUUUGCAUUACGGGUUAGUGGCUAUAUCAUGAACAUGGUGGUUGACUUGUUAUCAUGGUUUGUGUUUUCCCUCGCAUGGAAUAUAAUACGUCCAAAGCAACGUCACAGAGCCUCUUGGUUGAGUGGCCUGUUGUACAUCCAACAAGCCCUUUGGUUCAAGCAGCCAAUUAGCCUUUGUUUUGUCGCGGCCAAAGCUAGCUUCUAAUUGGAUUCCGCUUUGAUCUGAAGUAGUCAUUGGCGACCACUGCCAAUUCCCUGAUACAGUCACAUUGCCUCUUGCGAUUGGCUAGAAGAUGUACACUCUGCUAGAUCAUCUCCUUAAGUGAUAAUGUACUGUCCCCCUAUUUAAGCAACAAAUUGGUAAUAUAUACAGAAUUUGUCUUAUAUUGUGUACUCUUGUAAAUAUUCGUAUUUAAAAUAAUUUUUUAUAAUAAAUAUAUUCAACAAUGUCUGA